AUGAUCGUUUGUUUACAAGGUUUACAGUAGCAGUAGAAUGUUCUAAAUGUUUUAAAAGGUCCCGGAUGACUGUAAAUAAUAUUAAUAUCUAGGGGAGUAAAUUAACACUCUAAACUUUAUUAUUAGAAUAAUUUGUGAAAUUUAAAAAUAACGAUGAAGUUGAUGUGUACAGUAGAAGUGAAUAAUAGGUUAUGUGAAGGAAACAUUAAAAGAAAGCCGAAAAAAUCUUGUCUUUCAAUAGGAAAACUCAAAUCUACCGAAAAUGAUUUGUACCUGUUGCUGCAAACUAUGGAAAAUAAACAGGGUAUUAAGUACAAGUUAAGUGACAACAUUGAAAUCGUAUUCACAAAAUGUAUAAACGAAGGAAAAAUGACAAUACGCUUGAAACAGCCGCCUCACGAUAUUUUAAUAAAAUCGGAUGCGAUUCAACUAAAAAGUUUUGCUCACGUUUUAAAAUUAGGACAUUCGAAUAAAUUGGAUGCGUCCGUAUUAUCAAUGACUGAAUUAAAGGCAAAGAAUCUUCAAGAUGCAUUAAAAACGAAAAUGGUAGUUAAAAGUGCCGCUGGUUAUCCUGUAUUAGAAGGUUUUCCAAGAAAAGUUAUGGAACUACAUCUCGCUGGUUUAGAGAGAAAAUCCUUUGACAGGAAUAUUUUGAAAUUACAAAACUUGAGAAUUUUGAAUUUGUCAAAUAAUUGUAUAAACAGUCUUCCAAAGGACUUGGGAAAUUUGCCAAAUCUACAAGAAUUGAAUGUGUCACAAAAUCAAUUACACAAAUGUCCAAAAACAAAGUGGACAUGGAUGGAUCAAUUGAAAUUGGGGAGAAAUUUAAAAUUAUUGGAUCUCAGUUCUAAUGAGUUGACAGAAGUACCGGACCCGAUCAUUAAAUUGAGAUCAUUAGUGACUUUAAGACUGAGUACAAAUUUACUGCAAUCGUUACCUCAAAGUUUAGGAUGUCUAGAUGCAUUGAAGUACUUGGAUGUUUCGAAAAAUAAUCUCUCUAAGCUUCCCGGAAGUAUACGCAAUUUAAGACUAACGACAUUGAAUAUAGCAAACAAUAAUUUUCUUAUGUCAGAAAAUAUAAUUUCAGUUCGAUUCAAACUGCCCAAUCUUGUUGAAAUUGCUGCUAAAGUUGUAUAUCAAGCAAGGAUUCAUUUCAAUGCGAGCAUUAUACCUGCAACUUUGGUCAAGUAUAUAAAUAAUACACAAUUCUGUGUUUGCGGAAAUCCUUGCUUCAGUAGCUACAUUCGAAGUACCGUUGAUCUCACUUUAGAUCGAUUUGCUGCAUCUGUCAUUGCUUCUGGAUAUUCGUAUGUACCGUUUGAUUGUUACUUUUGUUCGACACCGUGUCACAGGCGAUACUCUGGAUAAAUGAUGUUAUUUUAUUUUUUAAUUAUUGUCAAGAGUGAGAGAACAUGCGCACUGAAAGUGAAUACAAUUUGAUACUAUUUGAAUUUUACCGCUAGAAUAGAAAUUUGUCGUCUGCUGUGCCGAAUCAGCUGAUUGCAGAAGAAAAAAAUCUUCACGUGUACAGUGUUUAUUUAUUUUUACGAUAGGAUUUUACAGAAAACACUGAAAAGAAUAUCUAUAACGUUUUUUAAUUUCAUAAAUAAAGCAGUGAGCUUUCUUACAAAAAAAGAAAA